GUUCGUCCCCGCCCUCCCCGCGUACUCGUCGCUCGAAACCUUCUUCCUCCUCCCACCUCCGUCCCAACUCCCAACGCCACCGUGCCGCACUGCGACUACCCCCACCGGAAGCCAGCCAGCCACCGCACCGCACCCUCCUCCCCAUCCACCCUAAACCACCUCGUGCUCCCUCCGCAAGCCCGCAUCCUCUGCGAUGAAUCAAGUUGGCCAGCGGCCACCACCGCCGGUGCCGGAGCCACGCCCACCGCCGCCGAUGGGGAGCUGGAUCAGGAUCUUGCGCUCGGUGGCCUCUUCAUUGGGAUUAUCUCUCCGCUCUCUCAUGGUGCUACUUUGGCGCGCAUGCCGCUUACCGGCGGGCCAAGACGAGGAGGAGCACAAUGAGGCCAAGAACAAGAACAAGAAGCAAUCAACGACAGAUGGCCAGGACGAUGAGGAUCGCCGGAGGAGGAUGGAGAGGGAGGCCAGGAAUAAGGCCAAGGCGGAGGCCGAGGCGAAGGCCAAGGCGGAGGCCGAGAAGACCAAGGCGGAGGCGGAGGCGGAGAGGCAAGAGAAGGAGGCCAAGAAAAGGAAUGAGGAGGAGGAGGCGGCCAAGAAGGAGGUGGAGUAUGCCAGGAGGAAGAAGGCAGAGACCAAGAAGAAGGAGGAGGAGAAGCUUGCCGAGGCCAUCAAAAAGGACAAGGAGAAGAAGAAGGAGGAGACGAAGAGACGGCAGCGGGAGGACGCCGCGCGGAGGAAGGAGGAGGCCAGGAUGGAGGAGGAGGACAGGCAAAGGAGGCGGGAGGAGGCCCAGAGGAGGAAGGAGGCGGACAGGAACAAAGAUGAGUAUGAGAUCGAGAGGGACGCUCACAGGAGCUUUUGGGAUAUAAACCUUAGCAGCCUCAAGGAUAAUCGAAUGACCGUGUGUAUGAUCUGCUACUUUGAAAAAAAGGACUAUAAGUAUGGAUGUAACGACGACCAGAAGGAUCGCCAUAUCAGAAAUCUUCACAAAGCGGGAGUGGAACACUGCAAGAAACCGGGUUGCUUUGUGAUUGCCAAGGACAAGAGCCAGGUAGGGAAGCACCGGUACUAUUAUCAUGGCAUCAGCAAGUAAAACGAUUGGUCAUCAUAUCAGCAAAUCGCACAAGGGAGUUGGGAUUGAACGUUGCAAGAAAAAGGGCUUCCUUGUUAUAGCCAAGGAGAGGAACAUCUUGCUCCAUAGUUUGAUGCUUCUGUAGGUCUCACGGUUUGAGCAAAUGAGCCCCAACUGUUUGGUGCUUCUGUAGCUGAGUGAUAGCAUUAGUUUUUACUCUGCUUCACAUGAGACUUCUGUAGCGAGUGCUAGCAUUAGUUUUUACUUUGUUUGGAGAAUUUGGUACGAAAAUCUUGUGAAUGGCCUUUGGUGAUGAAUGCAUGU